CUCCAGUGUGAUUGGACAAGGCUGGUAUCUUAAAAACAAGAACAGGAUAAGGCCAAUGUUAGUAAAUAUUGGAAACGAAAGAAGAAGUAUCUCUACCACCGCUGAGUUUUUUCCUUGAAACGUCAUGAGUGGAUGUCCUUUCUUUGAGAAAAGGCAUUUGUUGUUCAAAAACAAGCUUCCCAGCCCUGAAGAAGACGAUGCAUCUCAGGCCGGGGAUAACAAGGCCAAUAAAGGAGGAAUCUUGUAUGGAGAGUAUCUGCAGCUUGACAAAAUCCUUUCAGGCCAAGUGUUGCAGAGUGAAGUGAAGGGGAAUAAGAUUCAUGAUGAACACCUGUUUAUCGUCACUCAUCAAGCCUAUGAGCUGUGGUUCAAACAGAUUCUGUUCGAACUGGACUCAGUGAGAGAGAUCUUCACCAGGGGACAUGUGCGAGACGAACGAAACAUGUUGAAAGUCAACACUCGUAUGAACAGGAUUGUGACAAUCUUCAAGCUGCUGGUCGAACAGUUUGCUGUGUUGGAAACAAUGACAGCCUUGGACUUCUUUGACUUCAGGGAAUACCUGUCACCAGCCUCGGGCUUCCAGAGCUUUCAGUUCCGACUCCUGGAGAACAAAAUCGGUGUCUUGGACAACCUCAGGGUUCCUUACAACAAGCGUCAUUACAGGGACAACUUCAAGGGUCAUGACAGCGAGAUCCUGCUGGCCUCUGAACAGCAGCCCUCGCUGCUGAAGCUGGUGGAGGAGUGGCUGGAGAGAACUCCCGGCCUGGAGGAAGAUGGAUUCAAUUUCUGGAGCAAACUGGAAACCUGUAUUUUUGAAGGACUGGACAAAGACAGGGACAACAUCACUACAAUUCCGGAUGCGGAGGAGAAGGAGGAAAUGAAGGCAGAGUGGGUCCAAAAGAAGGAGGUCUUCACUUCCCUGUUUGAUGAGAAACGUCACGAACAUCUGCUUAGCAAAGGUGAACGAAGGCUCUCGUACAAGGCUCUUCAAGGUGCCCUGAUGAUCUACUUCUACAGGGAGGAGCCAAGAUUCCAGGUUCCCUUCCAGCUGCUCACAUUACUCAUGGAUAUGGAUGCUCCAAUGACCAAAUGGAGAUACAAUCACGUCUGUAUGGUUCACCGUAUGAUUGGCAGCAAAGCUGGAACGGGAGGAUCCUCUGGAUACCACUACCUGAGAUCUACUGUCAGUGACCGCUACAAGGUGUUUGUGGACCUUUUCAACCUGGCAACGUUCCUGGUGCCUCACCACUGGGUUCCCAAGCUGAAUCCCAACAUUCACACAUUUCUGUACGUGGCUGAGUGCUGCGACAGCUCCUACGGCAGCAGUGAAGACUCCGACCAAGAGGUUGUCUGAAAGGAAAUAAUAUGAGAAGCCAUUUAUAUUAAAGAAGGACCAGAAAGGCUACUUGAAGAAGAUAUGUGUUUAGAACCCCUUACGAACAGAUGCACUUCGUAGUUACACAUUUCCAGUGCAUAAAGGUGUAUAUUUUCUGCUAAUGUAUGCAAAUAGACGAAUAAUACAAUGUUAUUUAGGUCAAGAAACAAAGGGAAAAGGCAAAAAAAAUAAACUAAACUAAAGAUAACUAAAGAUUAUGGCAAAACAAAUGCCACAAAACAGUAAAAGUCCAGAAAAUACCAAUUGUUAGCAAAACGCCAAAGCAAAUAAAUUAGCUACAGCUGCUGCAAUAUCUAAUGACCUAAAGACUAAAGGUUAGCCAAAAAUGGCCGAAAAAUAACAGAAAUACCAAAGUUAAUGAUGCCUUAAAGAUGCUCAUGUCAUUAAUCAAAUAUACCCUUCAUAUGACCCACAGAUUUUACUGGUGCAAGUAAAGUUACUACUACUUAAUUACUUUAGAGACACAGUUUUGUUGAAUAGAAUGUGACACAGUACAUGAAUACUUAAAAUGAAGAGUUUUUUUUUUUAAUUUUUAAAAAAAUUAUACAAAAAAUGUAUAAUA